AUGAUGAAUUCCAAGCGUUUGGCGCUGGGCCUCCUGACCACAUCGCUAUGCGCGUUCAACGUCGACGCCUUCUGGCGAAUGACAUGCGGGCUCAUCCAGACCGGCCGCAUGGACCCGGUUGUAUUCCCUGGCCAGAUUUCCCCCCAUGUUCACAAAUUCUCAGGGGCAAGCAACGUCAACCUGACCGAAACCUACGAGAAUCUCCAAGCCUCGGAGUGUACUUCUUGCGAGAUAGGGGCCGACCGGUCGUUAUACUGGACUCCCCAGCUCUACUACCAGCAUGCCGACGGCACCUUUGAAGAAGUCCCCAACGGCGGGACCGUUGUCUACUACCUUGGACGCGGCGAGAACCGGACCGGCAUCCAGCCCUUUCCCCCGGGAUUCAAGAUGGUCUCCGGCGACCCAUCUCUUCGCUCCAACGACACCACGACCAUGACAUACAACGACCCCAGCAAAAACAUCGCUGGUCGCCUUGUCUCGGAUCGCGUGUCCUUCGCCUGUCUCGACAGCUCCGGCGGCUUGCCCGAACAGAACUACAUGUUCCGGACCGACUGCGACGAAGGCAUGCGCGCUCAGAUCCACUUCCCGUCUUGUUGGAACGGGCAAGACUUCGAGGCCGACGGAUCGCACGUGGCAUACAUGUCCCAAAUCGACAACGGUGUCUGCCCUCCAACACACCCAAUACCGCUCAUCCAUCUGUUUUUCGAGAUGUACUAUGACGUGAACAACAUCAAGAAGGACGGAGGGAGUUUUGUGUUCGCACAGGGAGAUCCGACAGGUUUCGGCUUCCACGGAGACUUCAUAAACGGCUGGGAUCAGACCGUCCUCCAGGAUGCCAUCGAGCAGUGCGUCAAUAACGACAGCCUCAACGGCGUGAUCUCCCAGUGCCCACCACUGGCUAAGUCGCAGACCCCCUAUGCCAGCGUCAACUGUCCCGAACGCCAGGCCAUUGUCAACGAGCAAGUUAAAGGCACCCUCAGCCAGUUGCCUGGUUGCAAUCCGGUCACCCCUGGCCCCGCGCGUGCUGCCAUGCAAUCCUGCCCGGACUAUAUGACACCCAGUUUCAACUACAUUCCAGACCUAGGGCCGGCCGCCAUGCUCGAUCCUGUCGUUGGGCAGAAGCUCGGCGGGAGCUCCUGGGCGUUUGCUGGCUGCGCAAACGAAGCGAGCAGUGCCAGGGUACUGAAUGGGCCCUCAUCCAGCUCGGUCAACAUGACCAUCGAGGCCUGUACGACAUCGUGCAAGAGCAAUGGCUACCCCUUUGCCGGACUCGAGAACUCGAAGGAAUGCUACUGUGGAAAUAGCCUUGCACCUUCAGCUAUGGCCAACUGCACCAUCCCUAAGAUGAUCUGUGCCGGCAACAAUACAGAGUGGUGCGGUGCCCCGAGUUUCCUCACCGUGUGGAACGACACCUCACUCACGGCCGCUACCCCUCUGGUUGUUGGCUCCACGAGGAUUAGCAACAACAGCGCGGUCUACGCGGGCUGCUUCAGCGACCCCGGCGGCAACUCCAGGGCGCUCUUGGGCGCCUCCAAUGUCGACACUGUGGGCAUGACGAACGAGGUCUGUGUAGCCUUCUGCCAGAGCAAGGGAUACACGAUCGCAGGCACCGAAUACUCUCAGGAGUGUUACUGCAGCAAUGCCAACACCGGCACGACGAUCAUGGACGUCACUAGAUGUGAUUCCAUCUGUAAGGGCGACCCGCGAGAACUCUGCGGUUCGAGCGGGAAGAUGAGCGUCUGGAACAUCACCCAGGCGCAGACCGGGACCCCUCCGCCAGUCACUAAGCCGGUACCUGCGGUAGCCAACGGAACGGCCAGCUACGUUGGCUGCUACACCGAAAUCAGCGGGCGUACACUCGACAAGGCUUCCUACUCGAGCGACACCAUGUCCGUCGACUCCUGCGCCUCCUUUUGCCAGAGCAAAAACUACGCGCUAUUUGGCGUGGAGUACGCGCAGCAGUGUUACUGCAGCAACACGAUCAAGUCACCCUCGGCGGUCUCUGCAGAGAGCCAGUGUAGUAUGGCUUGUAAGGGUGACCCGACACAAACGUGCGGUGGCUCGUCGAAACUUUCCAUCUGGAACAACACGCUGUUCGCGCCCACGCACAACGUGGCCUCGGUCAACGGCAGACAGUACGCGUACCUGGGCUGCUACACCGAAGGAACCAAUGGGCGGGCUCUGGGCGCCCUGAGUAGCGCCACCAAGAGCGACUCGACGACCAACAAGCAGAUGACUAUCGAGCUGUGCGGGAGCUACUGUGCCAGCAAGGGCUUCAAGUACAUGGGCGUCGAGUACGGGACCGAGUGCUACUGCAACAACGACGGGCUGGUUAACGGGGCUUCGAAGGCGAGCGAGACGGACUGCAGCAUGACUUGCCCGGGCGAUCAUAGGGAGUGGUGCGGUGCUGGUUCGAGGCUCAGUGUCUAUAAGGCUCCUGGUGCCUAA